ACACAAAUCAACGAAAAUCUUCCUUGGUAUUCACAAAAUGAGCAUUUGCACCUUGUCAAUUUUAUCUUUAUUCUUGUCCUCCUUACUUGUCUUAGGCUUAGCUGAGCAGUGUGGAUCGCAGGCAGGAGGUGCGACGUGCCCAGGAGGUUUGUGUUGUAGCCAAUGGGGUUGGUGUGGCACCACUUGUGACUACUGUGGAGCUGGUUGCCAAAGCCAGUGUUCACCAUGUGCAAGUGAUAGUGCCAAUGGUGACGUUGGCGGUCUCAUAACAAGAUCAAUGUUUGAUGAAAUGCUUAAGCACAGAAAUGAUGCUGGUUGCCCUGCCAAGGGCUUCUACACCUAUGAUGCUUUCAUCGCAGCUGCUAAGGCCUUUCCUGCCUUUGGUACAACAGGUGAUGAUGCCACUCGCAAAAGGGAAAUUGCUGCCUUCUUGGCCCAAACUUCACAUGAAACUACUGGUGGGUGGGCUAGUGCCCCAGAUAGUCCUUAUGCUUGGGGAUAUUGCUACAACAGAGAACAAAACCCUGGCUCACCGUAUUGUGCCUCUAGUCCAACAUAUCCUUGUGCUCCCGGAAAGCAGUACUUUGGCAGGGGUCCAAUGCAACUAUCAUGGAACUAUAACUAUGGACAGUGUGGGAAAGCCAUUGGGGUGGACCUAUUGCACAACCCAGACCUGCUUACAACUGAUGCAGUGAUAUCCUUCAAGUCAGCAAUUUGGUUUUGGAUGAUAGCGCAGUCACCAAAGCCUUCGUGCCAUGAUGUGAUAAUCGGAAGAUGGUCACCAUCUACAAGUGAUCGGGCAGCCGGACGGGUUCCAGGGUAUGGCGUGGUGACAAAUAUCAUCAACGGUGGGCUUGAAUGUGGCAAGGGUUUGAAUGCAAAGGUAGAGGAUAGGAUUGGAUUCUACAAGAGGUAUUGUAACAUACUGAGAGUUGGUUAUGGCAAUGAUCUUGACUGCUACAACCAGAGGCCUUUUGGGUCUGGAGUCUUAGUUGACACUAUGUAAAAUGUUUCAGAACAAUAUGUACCAAAAAUAAAGGGUGCCAGAACAAUGUUCUCUCCAACUCAGCUUGUUGGUUGGAUCCUUUCUGGUCUGUUUGUCUGAACUAUGACGUAUGUGUACUUAUGUUGAUGUAAGAUAAUGUUAAAGGUAUGGUGUCUUAACUCUUAAAUGCCAUCUUAUUGUAUAAACUACUGCUAGCAUCAAAACACUGCUACAAACCAGAGGCCUUUUGGGUCUGGAGUCUUAGUUGACACUGUGUAAAAUGUUUCAGAACAAUAUGUACCAAAAAUAAAGGGUGCCAGAACAAUGUUCUCUCCAACUUAGCUUGUUGGUUGGAACCUAUCUGGUCUGUUUGUCUGAA